CGGUUACCCCGGCAACGUGCUUGCUUCCUCCCCGCGGCCUACUAGGCCCGGCCCACUCGAGGCCACCUCUACCCGGAAGCCACUGAAGCGAGGGCUGAAGGAGCCGUAGGCGCGAUGCAGGGUUUAAGCCAGGCCGAGCUCGGACUGCAACGGGCCACCCGCGAGAGGCUGGAGAAGUUCGCCAAGCUGAGAGGUAAAACUGUGCAGCCUGGAGAAUUCUGGGAUAUCAUUGUAAUCACAGCAGUUGACAGAAAACAAGAAAUAGCUUACCAACAACAGCUGUCAGGAAAACUGAAAAGAAAAGAACUCCCUCUUGGUGUUCAUUAUCAUGUUUUUGUUGAUCCUCCUGGACCAAAAAUUGGAAACGGUGGAUCAACACUUCAUGUCCUUCAGUGCUUAGAAGAGCAUUAUGAUGAUAAAUGGGAUUCUCUUACUGUCUUGUUAAUUCAUUCUGGUGGAUAUAGUCAACGUUUACCAAAUGCAAGUGCUCUUGGAAAAAUUUUCACAGCUUUGCCUUUUGGAGAUGUAGUUUAUCAAAUGCUGGAUUUAAAACUGGCAAUGUACAUUGAUUUUCCUGCCCAUAUGAAUCCAGGGGUUUUGAUUACUUGUGCAGAUGAUAUUGAGCUUUAUAACACCGGGAAAACCGAAUUCAUAAAGUUUGAUCAGCCUGGUUUUACUGCACUAGCUCAUCCUUCCAGUCUUAUCAUUGGUACAACCCAUGGUGUGUUUGUUUUGGAGCCACCAUUGCAUGAGACAGAAAAAGGAGAGCUUGAGUACAGAUUUUGUCAUCGUUUCCUGCAUAAGCCUAGCAUUGAAAGUAUGCACCAGUCUGGAGCAGUAUAUAAAAAGCACAAUUGUCUGUUACAUGAGCUUCCUAAAGAACUGGGAAACCCAACUGUAGAUUCUGAAUAUGUGUAUACAGAUAGCUUGUUCUAUAUUGAUCACAGCACUGCAAAACUACUGCUAGCAUUUUAUAAACAGAUGGGCAUGCUUCAUUGUGAAGUAGAUGCAUAUGGCGACUUUCUCCAAGCAUUAGGGCCUGGAGCCACGCAAAACUAUGCCAAAAACAACAUCACAAAAGAAGAGACCAGUCUAUUCGAAAUAAGGGAGAAGUUAUUUACUCUUCUCAAAGGAUUGUCUUUGAAUGUCAUACUUCUAAAUAACUCCAAAUUCUAUCACAUUGGAACCACUCAAGAGUGUUUGUUUCAUUUCACCUCUGAUAGAAAGUUGAAACUAGAAAUGGGUUUGCUGCCAGCUGUAUUUAGCAUUUGUCCAAACAGCAUAGGAGAUUUGGAGAAAUCGGCAUGCAUCAUUCACAGUAUUCUCAAUUCACAGUGUUCUGUUGCUCCUGGUUCUAUAGUUGAGUACUCUAGGCUGGGACCUGAGGUGUCAGUGGGAACAAACAGCAUUAUCAGUGGCUGUUCUAUUGACACAAAAGCAGACAUACCAGCAGACACCUUCAUGACAACACUAAGUGUGAGGAUUGAUGGAAACUUAAUGUAUGCAAGCAUGGUGUUUGGGAUAGAAGAUAACCUGAAAAAGAAGGUGACAGAUCUAGCAGAGAUACGGUUACUAAGUUUUUUUGGAAUCAGCUUUGAAGAGUUCUUAGAGCUCUGUGGCCUGAGAGUCUCAAAUGAGCUCUUUUCUGAUGACAAGACACAUCUGGCCUUAUGGACAGCUCGGAUUAUCCCAGUUUGCUCCACUUUGAGUGAUUCAGUGAAAAUGUCAUUAAGGAUUUUAAAUUUGGUGCAGAACAAGUCACCUUUUAAAUUGAAUGGUUUUAAGCUGUUGUCUGUUGAAGAAAUGCUUCACUACAAAGAUGUAGAAGACAUGUUAAAGUUCAGACAGCAACUUUAUGAAGAAAUCAGUCUACAGAAAGAGGAAUCUGAUUUGUAAAAGUUUAUGAAAGUGGCAUACUUCAUUCAUUUCUUAAUUUGAAGAGGAUUGAUUGCUUUCAAGCUUGCAGAAACCCAGAAGCAAGCGCUACACACACAUUUUGGUGUGUGUUUUUAUUGAAGUACAAAUAAUGAAACUGCAUUAACAGUGUCAUUGUAGCAUAACAUUAAUAAUGCAGAAAUGCAGAUAAACUAUUCUUUUGAUGAAAACAUUAAUGAAAUAUUUCAAAUCUAUGAAAACACAAAAGAGGCAAAUUUUCUUAGCUGUCCUUUAUUAUUAUGUUUUCAUUUUUAUUAAUUCAAGAGUGGAACAGAACUUAUUAAUUAGAAAUUUGAUUGAAACCCACUUAAAACUUUUUGAAAGAAUAAUGCUACCUCUAGCAACAUUUUUUUACUUCCCCAAGUUUGUUUGUUAAAAGUGAGCACAAUGCUUGUGCAUUUGAACAUGUCUGAUAAAAGACUUGCUAAAAAUUGAGACAUCAGCAUGAAAGUUAAUAUGUGUGUUUCCAUUACCAUGCUACAUUUCUUGUGGAAAUCACAGCUCCGUCGCUGUGUCUGUUUUUAAGGUAGAUAUGGCAGAGUAUUGGGAAGCAAAAUGAAUUGAAUUUUACCAUUAAAGUAAUGAUGUUUCACAAGCGGAAAUUAUUAUUUUCUAUUUCAAAACUUUAAAAAAAUUAUUAAUUGCCAAUUACACAUAUGGGACAUCUUGUCACAAUUUUGAAUUGUGCCCAUUUCAGUGUUUAACUUACUCAGCUGUUCUUUCCAUUUAUAUUCCAUCUACAUAUUAUCACCUGAUUAUGAAAUAUCUGAUGAUUUGCUGGUGCAUUUCCCUCAUUAAUUAGUAAAAAUCUAAUAUAUUCUAAGCACCAGAUGAGAAAGUUGUGCUGCAUAAUCAUAAAUGUGCUUAUUCAGGAGUAAAGUCUUCUGAGCCCAAAGGGACUUGCUCCUUGAUAAGUAGACAUAAGAUUGUUGGCUUACAGAACAAUCCUAAACCUUUGUGUUUGAAACUGCAUAUUUAUAUAUGGCAGUGCUUGGCAGAUUUUAAUUACCGUUGACUUUUUCUAUUUUAAUAUCUUGCAAUACUGCUUUUUUGUAAUAUGUUGUGUAUGACAUUCUUAAUUUGAUUUAUUGCUUUAAAAAUGGUUUUGUAAGAUGCCUUGGAGUAUAAAGCAAAUAAAUAAAACCACUGUUUGAUUAAAA